UCCAAGCCGAAUCUAAUCGGCUUGAAACUACGGCAACCCUUUCCUUCGUCUCUUUGUUUACUUUAUUAUUUUCUCCCUCUGCUCAAAACACACCGUUUUAUUGUAGUUUAGAUUCCUUUUCCCCUGUCUCGUUAAACACGUAGCAUCGACGAUCCGGCGAAGUUACUUAGGCAUUUUCUCUGCUAUUUCAUCAUUUUCAUCUUGAUUUACUGUUUUCUUUUUAAAGAACGACAGAACAUCAAAAUCCGGAAUAAUCAGAAAAUAAUCUCGGUUAUUCAUUUGGUCCGAAGAAUCUUACUCCAACUUGGCCAGGUUUUAAAAUCAUUGUUGGUAAUAUAAUUUAAGCUGAAGUUAGCUUGAUUCUCGCAGGACAUGCUUGCUUGAAUGCGCGAAGAAAUGCGGAGUGUAAAUUGUUGUUUAAAUGUUGGUUUCAUGUUCAUAGCAGUGGCACUGGCAGCUGUCCUUUCACAAGCACUUACCGUUGCCUCAGUUGCUGUCCCGACAUCCAAUUGCUACGCGCUUGAUAAUUCUAGCCGUCUAUUGGAUUUCAGUGGUUGGGUCGGAGUUUCUUUUAUGCAUGAGGGAGAGGACGCUGACUUUGUCAUCCGCUUUUGCAAAGAUGUGGAGAGUAGAUCACAAUCGGGAUAUGUAGAUUUUGGUCGAUUCGAUAAUGUUAACCACUUUGUUGCUGGUUCAGGCGAUGUUGACCUUGUUCAAGGGUUUUACAAUGGUGACCUGCUGAAUUGUGAGCACACCUUUGACAAAUUGGGACGAACUGCACAGGUAAAUAUUAUAUGUGGAAAUUGUUUAAAUGGGCAAUGUAAAGGUCAACAUGGAUGCAUAUGCAAUGUCACUUAUGAAUCCACAUGCAGAGCCGUUGUUGAACUGGCCAUUCCAUGUGAGAAACCGGGCCCACGUGUAUUUGAGGGCUUCACUGUUGGAUUUCAUCCACGAUCAUGGGAAAUUGUUUACAAUGGUAUGACUCGGUUGGGUUUUGAAAAACCUCACCAUGACUUUAGCUUCAGCACUGAACAGCCACAUGUUGCCCUUUAUCUGACUGCUAUCUCAUCUCAUUCCAACCUAGUCCAAAAACCUAUUGUCAAGCUCUUUCCAGAAAAUGGGCUGGAGGUUAAGUUAUCAGGGACAGCGGUAACUGGGAAGCUACCUACAACUUUAUCACCCUCAGCUUUGCUUGUCGAUUGGAGAUGCGUGAAGGCCCAUAAUACCCCAUAUGAAGUUAACAUCACUAUCCCAGUGGAUGGUUAUGAACCAAUAGAGUUUGUUCUAACAAAAACAUGUGAAUACACACAAAGUCAGGAGGGAGAUGCUAUGAGAGGGUGGGCAAUAUUUGGAAUAAUUUCUUGCAUAUUCAUGGUUUCAUCAACUCUGUUUUGCUGUGGAGGUUUUAUUUACAAGACACGAGUGGAACGCCAGCGGGGGAUUGAUGCACUGCCAGGCAUGACAAUCCUUUCAGCCUGUUUAGAGACUGUGAGUGGAGCAGGGCAAGGCUACUCACGAGCAGAGGACCUUAAUGCCGCCUUUGCCAGUGAAGUCUCCUGGGAGCGCCCACCUGCUGCUGCUCAAGGAACAUGGACAACGAGCGAAAGAAAAUAUGGUUCAAUAUAAAUUUUGUAGUCCUUCCCUUACAAAAUGCGAAUUUUCUUCUGCCGAAUACGAGGUAUUAUCAAGAUACGCAAUCUUCUGUAUCCUUAUUUUUGGUGUAAACAUAACUCAUCGUAAUAUUUCAUGACGUAGUAUUUAGAAAUCCUCCAAACUCAUAGAAUGCACUACUAUUUCCCCCCGCUUCCAUUUACCAAUUUAA